AUGAUAUGUUUUUUUUAAUUAUUUUUUUUUUCAUUCCAGCCAAAGUACGGACCGACGACGAACGUAUAAAUAACUACAAAAUGCCAAUUAAAGCAGUCUGUGUACUCAACGGCGAUGUCUCCGGGACGGUGUUCUUCGAUCAAAAGGAUGACAAGUCACCAGUAGUGCUCUCCGGUGAAGUUAAGGGACUCACAAAGGGCAAGCACGGUUUCCACGUGCACGAGUUCGGCGACAACACGAACGGGUGCACGUCGGCCGGCGCGCACUUCAACCCGGACAAGCAGGAGCACGGCGCGCCGGACGCCGCCGUCCGGCACGUGGGCGACCUGGGCAACAUCGAGGCUACUGCUGAGAAGGGUGUCACUAAGGUGUGCAUCCAAGACUCUCAGAUCUCCCUCCUCGGCCGCAACAGCGUCAUCGGGCGCACGCUGGUCGUGCACGCCGACCCCGACGACCUCGGGCUCGGCGGCCACGACCUCAGCAAGACCACCGGCAACGCCGGCGCGCGCAUCGCCUGCGGCGUCAUCGGCCUGGCCAAGUCGGACUAGACGGGCUGGCUUCACGCACACUUAGCUAACCAGUGAUGUCGCCUACUUGCAUGUUCCAAGGUUGCACCACAGUAUAAGGACGACCCAGUAGUGAAUCUCUCGCGACCGGUGUUUGGCAUGACGCGGCGCGUACUGGCGCGACCGCGAUCGUCCGUUCCCACAUGUACUCUCUGCACCUCGCUGCGUGCGAGCGCUACUCAAGGACAAACCGCGCGGCGCAAAAUUUGUUAGAAGAAUUAUUACUGGUUUUAUACUGUGGUUACACUCACUACAUACAGGUUGUUUCAUGGAAGCUGGCAGGAAUGGAAGAUUUGAGUGACACCUGUAUGGCACAGUCGUUACUGUCAAAAACCACCAUUUUAUUAAUCUGUCACACACAUAGACAUUUUCAUUCGCUCUAUUCGUGCCAGCUCUUGUGAUGACUUGUACACAACAAGGUUUAACAGUGAGCCCUGGAUCAGUUGGCUAACCUUGGAACAUCCAAGUGGUUCUAAGUGAGGGAAUAUGUAGCCCCACGUUUUAAUGCUUGAGUCGCCAAGUUAGUCACAGUUUCUAACCUUAAAGCCAACAGAUGUCGGCUACAUAACUUAUUUAUUUGGUGCAUAACCUCAAAAUGUUAUGGUUUUACAAUUUUAUUUACUUGUUUAUAUUUUUAUGUGAUAUCAAACUGAGCUUAAAUUGAUUUUUUGUCACAAACAAGCAUUGUUUUUUAUCUAGACCUAUGAUUAGAUUUGCUAAGGCUAAAAACUGCUAACUUAUUGCAUUUAAAGAUUAUGUAAAAUAAUAAGCAAGAAGCAUUUGAAGGUUCUUGUACCAAAUGAAUCGAAUUGGGAUGUACUAGUGUACCAAAAUAAAUGGUCUAAAGAACAACUAAUAACAUAAUAAAAUAUAAGUGAUCUUCGUCUAAAAAUAAGAAGUUUGGUUAUGCCUAUGUUUUGAAUGUGUCUUCUGAAAGAAAUUGUUAUAAAAUAUCUCUAUGGCAUUCCUAGUAUUUGUUUAUUUUAUUUUUUACUGGUGCAGGGAACAUCGGAUCUGCAAUUUGUUUGAAUAAAUAAAAUUAAACUUC